UUCCGUCAAGGAAGCGUCUCGCAAUAUUUGUCUGGCCAAUGUAGCCGUACACGGCGUGGACUAGUUCAAUGACAUUCAGUUCUCGUUUGAGAAGAUUUUGUAAUUUGCCAUAAAAGGAUCCAGAUAUGGCAUUAAAAUACGUGGUUAGAUCGAUCAGAACAGAACUCUCAAAGGUCUGCCUCACGCAGCAUGUGCAGUCAAUACACACGGGAAGCAUCCUUUCAGCUGCUGAGAAAGCCCUUCUGAUUAAACUACGGAAAAGUACCGGCUACACCUUCAUCAACUGCAAGAAAGCCCUAGAUAAAUUUGAUAAUGACAUAAAACAAGCAGAGAGCUGGCUACACGAACAAGCCCAGAAGGAGGGCUGGAGCAAGGCCAGCAAACUGGAGGGUCGGCAAGCUAAGGAGGGUCUGAUCGGCCUUUUUGUAGGAGACAAGGCUGCAGUCAUGGUGGAGGUGAACUGUGAGACAGACUUUGUUGCCCGUAAUGAAAAAUUCCAGCAGCUUGUGAAGGAUGUAGCUUUUGCUACUAUGGCUCACCACCGCAGUAAGAACCAGGGCCAGACUGGCUAUGUCAAGAGUGUGCUGGCAGCCGAUCAGCUCUCCAAACUGAAUGUGGGUGAAGGAGCUUUGCUAGCUGAUCAGCUUGCUCUUACAAUAGGUCGACUAGGAGAGAACAUGUCAGUUAGACGUGCAGUGGCGGUAGGUGUGCCUGCUGACUGGCAUAUCGGGUCAUACAUACAUGGAGGCGUGGCCAGUCAGACUGACAUGGCUAUGGGGCGCUACGGUGCCCUGGUGGUGUUUCGGGGGGGCAAGGAUGGGGCACAAGAAACCCUGGGCCGCUUGCUAGGCCAACAUGUGGUGGGGGAGUCCCCAGUAUCCCUGGGGAACAUGAAUGACCUUCCCUGUGGUGAGACAGAGACACGGCUGCUCCCUCAAACCUUCCUCCCUGACCCAAGUCAGACUGUGGCCCAAUACCUGAGGGAGCAGGGGGCCCGAGUGUUGGACUUUGUUCGCUUUCAGCGUGGUGAAGCAGACACUAAAGGGGUUGAGUGAAAGGAACCUCAGAAUUGUUAAUAAUGUUUUAUAUUUUCCUUUAUUCGUUACUGAUUUGGCUUAGGUGCAAAGGCACUGUCCAGUGUCAAACAAACCUGUUUAAAUCGAAUCUGUAUAAGUCAGAAUUCUUAAUAUAUAAUACACCACACCAUGUUGUUUGAUGGAUUGAAUCAUCAUCAAAAGUAAAUAAAAUAUAUUGUACGUCA